AUGGCCAGGACGCGCCCCUCCGCGGCGCUCCGCCGUCCCUCCGCGCCUGAGGGUCCGACAGAGCUCCGCGUGCCGCGGUCGCGGGCCUCGACUGGCUGCCCAGGUCGAUCCAGUUUCGCAGCAGCAGCGACGCUGAACGCCCAAAACUGCUUUUGCAUGCCGACUCACAAAGCGCCGGCGUCGCCUUCAGUCGCGUCUUUUUCAGAGAGGCGACUCACCUCAAAGACCUGUCCGCUUCUCACAGGAUGCGACUCUGACGCCGAGUGCCCAUUCGGCGGUUCUCGCGGCCGAUAUUCAAAGACCUCUUCUGGCUUCCGCCUCUCCUUCCACUCUGUCAUUCUUGCCUCUCUGUUUGCUCCUCUCAUCUUCCUCUGCGUCCCGCGAAACAGCUCCGCCGCGCAGGCGCCUCAAGUAAAAUUCGACCAGCCGGCCCCGGCGCGUCGGCUUCCGCAGGCGCGCGCGUCGAGGCAGGUGCGACCGUCGUCGCUGUUUCCUCCGCUGAAGGCGUCGAGGGCUGAGCCUCAGGCCAACCUUCCGCUGGCCUUUUCUUGGGACGGCGACUCCGAGGUUCGCCUGCACGAAUUCGAGAGCGAGGGCGCCUGGCGGCCCGCCGUCCGCGCGCGAGACGCAGAGACGGGCGACGGCUUUUCUGUUCACUCGCACCACCGAUCCCUGCGGUCGCUCUACUCGCUGCCGUCUUUCGCCCUCUCGGCGCCGGCCUUUGCUCAGCUUGGCGCGAGGCUGAGCGAAAGCCGCGAAGACGAAGACGAUGCCCAAGAGGAGGACAAGGGUGCGCAGAGCAGCUCCGAGGGCGAGGAGACUGAGAAGGGCGAAGAAGAGGCUCAGGAGGGCGAGGCGUCGCAGAAGGCGGAGGACAAGCCGGCUGGGAAAUCCGAAGCGGAGGCCGCACAGCCGGCGUCUCCUCCGUCGGUCCUCACCCCCGCUGAGUCGGCCGCGCCCGCGGCAUCCGCGACAAAGCCUGCGGGGGGAGAAGCCGACAAGCACGAAACGGCACCCGAACCCGCACCAGCAGCUGCCGCAGCGGACACCAAGGCGUCGGCGUCUGCCUCGGAAGCGAGCGCGCAAGACUUGUCCUCUGCGGCGUCGCCCCUUGCUGCCGCAGGAGAAGCGCCUGAGAAGCCCGUUCAUGUGGUUGCCAGCCUGGCGCCUGAGGCCGCGCAGGAGGCGCCCGCGCCGAAGGAAGAAGGCGAGACACACGCGGAGGCUCGCGAACAGGGCGACGCCGCAGCCGCAGCAGCUGCACCGCCGAUUCACACGUCGACUACGACCACAACGACUGGCACGCCCAGUGCCUUCAACGUGGAGGAGCCGCUGCUGGCGCCCGUGCCCACCGGCCGCGCCGCGCAGCCGCUCGCCUCCGCCGCCGCGGGGACCAGGGAGGGCGAAGGCGCGAAAGAGGCGCCCGCGAAGCAGUCCGAGGAGCGCGAAGCUACGCCAGCCGCCGAGCCGCAGCAGGCCUCGAGGGACGCAGAGGAGAAGAAGCCCGAAGCCGCGCCUGAGGCGAAGGCGGCACACGCGCCAGGGACGGCAACAGAGGCGUCGCAGGAAAGAGAGCAGCCUGCAGGCGGUGAAGCAGAGAAGAGGGAAGGCGGCGGCGUGGUUCGGGAGAAAGUGGAGUCGCAGGACGCCGCGGAGCCCAAGAAGUCAGACGAAGAAAAAGCUGCAGAGGCGCCUCCGUCCCAGGCGGACAUGGACAAGGCUGCUGCAGCCUUCGUCAAGAAGGAGGGCGGCGUGCCUCUCGAGGCGAAACUUGCGGACAACGGUCCGGAGCUCACAGAGGAGCAGACAAAGACCUUCGUGGACACGCAAGAGGUCGCGCAGAACGUCCGGAAGUUGAUCGGUCUGAAGGCAGGGUCGAAUCUGCACCUUGAGAAUCAGAAGCUCAUCGAACCGGACUGCGACCUGUCCACCUUCGGACCCGACUACUGUGCGGCGAAGGAGAAUCCGAACGCGCUGAAGCUGCUGUGGUCGCUUGAGCACCGGAAGAACAACACCUACUUUGUGAUUGCGUUGAUCACGCUUGCGUUCGGCAUCGCGGUUCAGACUUGCAUUCGGCUUCUGGAGAAGAAAAUCAGCGAAGGCAAAGACCAGUUCUCCAAGGAGGUCAUGGAAACCGCCUUCCGCCAGAUCGCCACCAUCAGCAUCGUCAACGUCAUCCUCUGGGGCACGAUGCAGUCCAACAUCGCCGAAGUCCUCGACGAGCUCAUCUUCGGAGACGUCAUGCCGCCCUUGCGUGACAGCGACACAGUUCUGGAGAACGUCUCGCCGAUGCUGGAAGUCCUCUUUGAAGAGCUCUUUUUCGUCGCAGUCAUCCUCCUCGUUUGGUACGUGCUUUUCGUCAUCGUGUUUCAGUGCUUCAUUCGGCAGAUCAUCGACUGGAUGCGGAAGACGGAUGAAGAAGAGGACAUUCCGAUGCUUGCGCGAGCGGCUGAGACGCAGAGCCACAAGUGCUGCGGAUCCCUGAUUGGGCGGAAUGCCAUUGAGAAGGCGAACUUCAUCGCGCACAGGUACUCCUUCGCGGACAACGUCUCGAAUAUGAGCAUCCCAGGCGUCGAUCCCUCGGGCUACUACUUCAUGGAGUAUCUGCGUGCGAGUCUGCUCAAGAUGGGCAUCGAGAUGAUUCGCCUGCCGAAUUCGACGCUCUUCUUCCUCAUGGUUGUUGGCAUCUGCCUGAGACCGACAUUCAGCUUCCGCCUGGGACAGGAAGCGGGGCUGAUAACCGGACUUUCGGCGGCGUGCCUCAUCGGAAUGCUGCUCGUCUGGGCGCACGCGAAGCGAAUCGAAAAGCAGCUGCUCCCGCGGCACGUGCCGCACUACCUCGUCAUGCGCUACCACAUGGAAGUCGGCGAAGACUCUCGCACAGAGUACCUCAAGGAGUUCAUGCCGCCCUACAAACUCCAAAAGCAAAAGAACGCAUGGCCCGGGGUCUGCUCGACGUUCGUCUGGGGAACCACGCUGCCGAACAAGCAUCAGCAGCUCUUCUGGUUCUGGGCGAACGGCCCUACGAUGAUGUUGCGCGCCGUCGAGGCGACCUUCUUCUGCCAGCUCCUGGUGCUGGCGUGGUGGGUGCAGCUAUUCCGGAGCCACCCGGCGACGUGGCUCACGUUCUGUUGGUGGGCGAAUCCGGUCAUUGCGCUCUGUGCGCUGCUUCAGAUUCUGCUUCUCAAGAGUGUCGUCUACACCAUCCUCCUGGCGCUAAACUCGGGCAUGCUCAUCGACCCCGAGCUUCUCGAGAAGGUGUGGGACUUGCAGCGAGCGGAGAACGUGCGGCGGACAGCUGAACUGAUCGACGCACUGCGCGUGCAGUCGACGCUCUUCGCAAUCAGCGAAGGCGGAGACAUGUUCUGGAGGCAGCUCCUAAUUAGGUCCAAGAGCGCGACGCGCCAGGUGCAGGAACAGCGCUUGAGCCUCUGGGCGGGGCUCGACGAAGAGCAUCACGGCGAGAUCAACCGGGCGAAAAUUUCAAAGUUCCUGACCUCGCAGGGACUUCCCGUCAGAACCGAGGCAGCAGUCAAUGAGUUUCUGCACGUUUUCGACCGAACGCACAAGGGCGGCCUGAACGAAGAAGAAUUUUUCGUGAUGGUCAUGGUCGUCAAGCAGAUGCUCAUGGAGCCUCUGGACCGAGACGCAGUUCGAGCGCUCUUCGAGGGGAGCUACGGCAUCCCCUGGACCUCGCCGGUCGGGAUCGACCUGGCGAAUUUGAGCAAAAUUCUCGCGGAGCUGCGUCUCACCUGGUCGGAGGGCAAGAAGAGGUAUCUGCUGGACUUCAUCGGCGGCAAGCGAGGCAUCACUGCGGUUUCGCCGGAGCACUUUGUCGCGCAGCUACAGGCGAUGGAGGAGCAAGCUCUCAAUCCGAUGCCGGAAGGCGCGGCGUGCGGAGGUGCGUCAGUGUGA